CGGUUGCCCGCGUUCAUCAGGGAAGUAGCCAAGGCACUGGCCACCAGGUUCCCGCGCCUGGCCCGUCGCAAUGAUGCUAGGGUCGGUCCUAACCAGACCAUCGACUCUGAUUCAUCGCACAACCAGAGCGUGAACGCUCCAGACACUGCACACCUAUGGAUACCCACGAGUCCAGCUACCAUUUGUCUUUCCCAGAGCCCAGCGACGAGGAGUCUGCAGUCUACGCACAUUCGACCGCUGUAGACAGCAGCUCAAGCACGCUGCUCCACCGGAAUUCUAUCAGCCAGACGGAUGCCGACAGUUUGCUAUCACAUCCAGACUCGGCAGCCUCCUGGCCACUAGCCAACGACACGCUGCGCAGAAGCGACCGGUUAGCGCGGCGAAUCGUCUUGCGGUCCUCAGCCUUGACCCUUCUCGGGUCCUUUGGCAGAUCGCCGUUCUCCAUGGCCACCGCGAUCAGCUCGCGGAUCUUGGCCUGCUGCUGCUUCGCCUCCUCGGGCGUCUUUCGAUGGGUCGGUUGGGUACAACGAAAUGUACUUUUGCUCAUCCGGGUAGUAUGUCGUGUAAUUCAAGCUGAUCAUCAGUUCCUCCACAGCAUCCUCGUCCCCCUGCUUCUCUGCCUUGGCCAGCUUGCGCAUCACCUUCUUGCGCUCAAAGAAUUUGACGUGGUGGUACCGCUUCGCAUUCUUUUUGUUUACCUCGGCAUUCGUCAUCUGCUCCAUGUGCACGUUCAGCGCCUUGAUCCGCCGCUCCAAGCUCUACUUUCUUCGUCGACGGCAGGGUUGCGCGCUGUGCAAGACGUGUAAUAUCACGCAGCUGUUUCUUGCACGCCGAUACGCUGGUCGGCAGCUUGCGCUCAGUCAGCUUGUUCGUCAGCUGCUUGCGCUGUUUUGUAUACGGCCGCGAUCCUGUGUCUCCCCUCUCAGCGCUAUCAUUGUUAUAUCUGGGCAUGGUGCGUAUGUCGUAGCAGAACUGUGCAAUGUAGGAAUGGUGAGUAGAAUAAACAAAGGGACGGCUU